UAAGUGCAGAAUGCAUCAUUUCUUUUAUUAUUGCCUUUGAUAUGCAACAACAUGUCUUUAUAAUGGAUUUGAAAUGUCUGCGAGAGCUUACUGCUGUGAAGGCACUGCUGUUAUUCCGAUGUUAUUGUUUUAUUGUUUUUUAUUUCCACCGUCUUCAUUUUUCUUUCCAUUUAUGUUGACGUCGUUUGGUUACAAGCAUUCUUUUUUGAAAAAAAACACAGGUUACGGUUAUGGUUUAAAUAUUUAUCAUCUUUUAUUGGUUACCGACAGAUUUUUUAAUUUCCUUCCAAAAAAUGUAGCUCUUUUUCCAACUUUUCUUUGCUUGCAUUUGAUCAUUUAAGUUUGUUAUAAGGUCUGUAAUGCUAAAAACCAAGGCCAAAACAACACAUAGUUCCUCAUCGUUAUAAACAUGAGAAGAUCAAUCUUAAACAUCAUAAACAUGGUUUCAAUGCAACGCGAGGAAGUCUAAUAACACAUAGACGUCCAGAUCGUUGUGGACGAACUCCACAGAGAAGGUUGAACCGGUUCUACACUAAAUACGGGUCGUCAGGCCUGGUUUGCGCUGCACGCGGUGCGCGCUCCCGCGGCGUACGCGCACGACCGCGCAGAACGGCUGUAACACCUGAGCGCGCGAACGGCUCAAACGAGUCCCGUUAAACUCAGGACAUAAGUUCAGGAGUCGUUGUUGGACUUUUACCGACAGCCUGGAAUUCAACACCGGAGACGCGCUGCGUGUGUCCACGUGUUUGUACUUCGGACGGUUUACGAAGGACACAACCUAGUGAGAUCUCAUCCUGCACCCAGCUCUUCUCCGUCAUCUCCCUGCUGCAGCUCCACCCAAACAUGGCCACCACCUGAAUCCCCUCCGAGGUCUCCCUGGGUGACGGCUCGUCAGAUGGAGCAGGACCCGGAUUCUCAGCAGCACCAGGAUGAGCUUCAGUCGAGUCCUCCAUCUCGUCCCUACGAGGAACUCUUCUGCAGCAGCAACACCUCCCUCGCUGUGGGCCUUCUGACCGGCCCCCUCGUGACCCCCCGCGGGCCACACAGCGACGUGGUGAAACGGGGUUACCUCGGCAUGCUGGACCGCAGCCACAGAAGAUAUUUUGUCCUGAGAGCAGGAAGUCACACCGGGCCGGGCCGACUCGAGUGGUACAAGAACCAGGAGAGGUCUGCUGGUAAAGCUGCGCUGUUUGGCUCGAGCAAGCUGGGGGUGAUGUACCUGAGGUGCUGUCUCGGUGUGAGUCGGAGUGGCAGUUCCAGCAAAGGCUCCACGGUGGCGCUGUAUGCCAAGGAUCAGACCAUGGUGCUGCUGGCGGAGGACCAGUGGGAACAAGAAGCCUGGUACCUGGCCAUUAGGAAACUGAUGGAGGAAGAGCGUGUGGAAGAGGAUGAUGGGUAUUGCACCCUGCCCUCCGCUGCUUCCUUCAGAGAGGUGUGGCCCGUCACAGUGAGGUCCACAGGUCUGGGCUGUACCAAGUCUCUGGCCGGGGAGAGCCGUCUCUGCCUCACAGCCGCGUCUCUCGUCCUGGUCCGAGUGACGGCGUGCGGCGACUUGCCGUCGCUCACAAUCCCGCUGCUCAGUGUCAGGCGCUUUGGUCACUUGGACGGCUCCUUCUACUUGGAGCUCGGCAGGUCGGCACCAAAUGGGCCCGGAGAAAUCUGGAUGGGGGCAAGAGACCAAGGGAACCCGGCCUUCGCCCAUCACAUUCACGAGGUGGUCAUUGAGACGGUCAGGGCGCUGCGAGCUCUUCCCGACUUCAGCCGCUCACCAGCCUCCACCCACAGUCAGCUUCAGGCCCUCCUGGCUUCCAAGCGCUGCCGACCCAAAUACAGAGACAAGGCGGCGAAGGUGAGACCGACCGGUGCUGGUCCGCUCCUCAGGAACCCUGGAACCCAGACGAGUCGCCCCGAAUGUCACCUCGAGCCCGACAAACCACACCAAACGCAGCCUGGGUCCCCUCGGAGCUCCGCCUCCCACCUCGGCCCUCUCGGGUCCCCUCGGAGCUCCACGUCUGAGUCCGAAGGCUACGUGGAAAUGGAGACGGACCAGCUCGUCCCAGUGGACCAAGGGAGGGAUGGCGACCCCGAAGGAGCUGCCAUGGCGACGGGGGACCGCCGCAGUGGGAGCUGGGAGCCAGGCGAGGUGCAGCGUCUAGGUUACAUGAUGAUGUCACCACCAGGGGGCCACGGUUCACCUGCGCUGUCUCAGGAUGACUAUGUGACGAUGGCGAGCCCCCAAAAGCACAACGCACAACCUCGCCCUCCCUCCCCCUCGUCUUCCCUCCAGACGUCAUUCGACAGCUUCACCUUCGACAGCUCCUCUCUGCACGCGUGGCAUCGUCGGACCAACGAGCCCAGUCCUCCACGCCGGCUUCUGACCUCGGGCCAACAGCCAGAGACGGGAGCCGGCCAAUCAGAGAGGAGCAUCAGCUGCUCCAGCCAACCACAGGAAGCUGUGAGGAGUGCUGAGCCGUCUGCCGUGACGACUCCCUUCGUCCAAAGUGGACCAGACCAGGCCGGGCCGGGCCGGGCUAGCCGAGCGGCCUCAGACCGAUCAGGUGGAAGAUGGCGGCUGUCUCUGUGUCUGCCGUCCUGCCUGAGGACGCAGACUGAGUCGUUGUGAUGAUCGUUUUGCUGGUGAUGUUAUAGUUACACCAACGUAUGAAAGAAUAAUUGAUUUAAAUUUUCAAUCUACGGGAUUUAUAUUAAAUGCAGAAUGUAAUGAAUAUAUUGUCUGUAAAUUCACUGAAUGUUUUGUUUCAGUUUUCCCUUUUUCUACAUUUUCUUUGCCUUUCCUCUUUCAGUGUGGAUUACAUUGGGCCUUGGAUUGUGGUUGAAGCACUUUCACUGUUAUGAAAUAAUUAAAAGAAUAAAGUCCUGUGAAAGCAAAUGUUUCUUAAGCCCUUCGUUGAUCAGUAUAAAAGCAUACAUAAGAAACAAAGAAUUUAAGCAGAAUUUACUGCUUUUCCUUUGCUGUGUGGAGUCUUGUGUCGUCUUUGUGAUUCUGUCCUAACGGGACCAACUCAGUCAACACUGAAACGUUGUUCAUUUUGGGAAUAGUUCUCUUUACAUGUGUUUUACAAACACUUUUAACUUUAACUAUCCACCUCAUGGACUUUCUCUUGAUGGUGGAUUUACAUUUAUUAUGAAGGGAGCAGAUACUGGAGAGUUUUGUCGGGGUCACAUUCCUUC